GAAAAAGCGGGAAAGUGCAAAAGAAGUUUGCACCAAACUUCAUGUCAUAAUAUCGCAAAAACUUUUUUCACUUCAAGCCAAAAACAAUUAUGUUGAUAAAGUUCCUAUUCCGUUCUAAGUAAAAAAUGAUGCUAAAUAAUAAUCAGUGUUCACUUCAAGUCAGUUAAAUGGCUGUUGGCUUGUGUGAUGGAUUCGCCUCAAGCCUGUCUGAGUUCUAGUCCCGAAAUAAUCAGUCCUGGAGGAAAGAGUCGCUAUGGUAGGACCCGACGCCCCAAAAUCUCGCGCGACUUCUGCAACAUCGACGACAUUAUCCUCGAUGAUAACCCCCCGGAAGUGAAGUCGCCUCUCAAGGCCCGCGACAUCGUGUUCGAGAUCAAAGACGAGUUUACGAAACUCGACGAUUUGGGGAUGAAAGUGGCGAAUAAUUUCAAGUCGCAUCGGGGCUUGGAUGGUUCGAUCAAAGAGCGCAAGUUUUUCAAAAGUGCUGUUGAGAGCAAGGUUGAAGUGCCGACCGUCGUGGACGUGAGCAAAGUGCUCAAGUUGAUCUCGAAGCCCGGUGUGGAGUACGAGGCGAAAGCCUCGCCGAAAAGCGCCCUGAAGACGUACUCAAACCGGAGGAAACACCUGGAGAGCGACUGCGUGAUUGAGAGCUUUGGUUUGCCGGACGAACCGAUCGUUCCAGUGAAGAGCCCCGCGUUUCAGCGCAACACUAACAUCGACGUGGACUUCGCGGGCGAAAAUGACGUGAAUUUGCCCAAUCCGUGGACGUUUGACGAGAUUUUCACCACCGAACCGAUCUCUAACGUGGGCGAGAUGAGUUGUGCCAGAGGCGGGGCCUCCAAAUUGCCCACGAACGGACUGUCUGAUGAGAACACCCCCAAGGGGGCUAAGAAGAGGUUGUUUGUUCAAAUAAAUAAAAUUUCACCUGUCUCGAAGAGAACCAAAGUUGGGAGUAGCCCCCCUAAGAGGGUUUUAAGGUCGAAUGCGGAGGCAAAUUUGCUUCAGAUUGUGAAUAUCAAGUCGCCCGGAAAUGAAACAAAUGAUAGUGUGGGGGAGACAGAACUGUCAAAAGUAGGCCAAGAACUUGAUGAACACACUCAGGAGUUGCCAAAUAUAAGUCAAAAAUCCUUAAGGUCAAGUACACUAAAAAAUAAGUCACAUGAGAAAAGUAAAACAAAAAAAGUCAUAAAUCCGGUCAAAGUAGCGAAAGAAAUUUCAGACGAAAAAAAACAACAGGAAGUUGAGAUAGAAAACGAGACGAAGGAGGAGGAAUUUAAAGUUGUUGUCAAAGAAGAAGUCAUCGAAUUUGAAGUUGGAGAUUUAACUUGGGCGAAAAUUGGUAAUUUUCCCUAUUGGCCUUGCAUGAUUGCACAAGAACCGACAACUGGAUCCCAUAAGAAAUUCGUUGUGAAUCGGGUCCAUCCUCUUUAUCACGUGAGAUUUUUGGGCGAUAACGGUCGAAGGUCAUGGGUGCAUGGCCAAAACGUAAUGCUUUUCUACGACAAGGACGACCUUGAACGACUUUCAAAAAAGCUCAAGGACGAGGGAAAAUUUAAAUCGUCUUAUAUCAAAGAGUGUUGCUUUAUAAAGCCGACCCAGAUGGCCAAAUGGCAACAAGGCGUCUCCGAGGCCGAUUCUCUGAGAUAUAAAACAGUUGACGAACGUUUGAACUACUUUUUCGAAAUGUUCGAACGCGAACGCGAAAGGAAAAACAAACUGAAGCAAGAAAAGAAGAAAUUGUAUGAGGAUAGGAAACGAUUGCGGUUGUCGGGCGCUGAAAAUUUGGCGAAAAAAGUGAAAAUUGAAGAAAGUGUAAUCCCAGUUGAGGAAAUUAAAACGGAACCAGUUGAAACGUUAGAAAACGAGUUGCCUAAAGAAGAACCAGUAGAGAUCAUUUCAAAUCCCGAGAGUUUGAAACCGUUUUCAAAAAAGAAGAAGUAUUUGAAAAAGGAAGAAUUCUCGGAGGAGCAGCUCGAAGCCCGGAAGAAAUUGCGCCACCCGCAAGUCAGAGAGGAAAUCCCAGAACCGCUGAAAAAAUUCAAUCGAGUUUCGAUUGAAGAAAACGAAGAAACGAAAUCAAGGAAGAAGCCCCAAAACGGCGAAACUUCCGACACCGACUCGAAACUCAGCGAUAACAGCUCGAUGCCCCCCUCGAUGGAAUCCCAGGCGGCGUUGUUUCGGCGAAACAACAUUUUUCGGGGAAUCCCCAAGGAGAAGGUGUGUCAAAUUUGCGAAAAAAACGGCGAAGUUUUCAAAUGCAAGGGCCCUUGUAACGGUGUUUAUCACUACGAGUGUGCCAUGAAUCGUGUCGUGGAGCAAAAAGAGGAGAAAAGCACCGUUGAGAUAAUUUCAAUGGAGUCGAAACAACCCUUGCCCGAUUUGAGUACAUCCCCGAAUUACAAAGGAAUGUCAUUGGCUGAGAAAAUCGAUCUUCGGAUGAAAGAAAUAAUGAAAAAAUUCGACUACCAAUCGGUAUAUUGCGAAUCAACAGACUCAAGUAGCGAAGAGUAUGUUUUGGAGGAGGUUGUCAAACAGGUCACGCCCGAAAAAUCAAAAACCCAAUCGAAACUCUCCCUCACUGUCACUGCCACGCCCUCGAAGAAGGAAGUACCAAUCAUAAAACACGUCACUGCCGAUAAUAUCAGUUACAUUUGUGUUACCAACGAGGCACCGAAAGAGGCCGAAUCGGGGAAAGACAAUUUCACCCAUUUGAAAUGUGCAUGGUGUGUCACAGAUGAGGCACCUCAGUGUCUCGUUUGCAACAAGGAAGAGUCCGAAAUGGGGUCAAAGGUGCGUCAGAAGUGCUCCCUCCACCAAUGUGGUAGAUAUUAUCACCCCGAGUGCCUCAAAUUAUGGCCUCAGACUCAAUGGUCGCUUCUUAUCAAAUCGGACAGUUUCGUAUGUCCGCGUCACGUGUGCCAUACGUGCAUUUCCGAUGAUCCCCGAGCGGCGAAUUCGCGUUGCACGAGUGACAAAGUCGUGAAAUGCCUCAAAUGCCCCGCGACUUACCACUCGAGUAAUUACUGUGUGCCCGCAGGGACGGAAAUAUUGACAGCAUCGCAAAUAAUAUGCCCGAGGCAUUUCACCAAUAGCAAAAAACGUAACUACCAAUCAACGAUCAACGCAAAUUGGUGUUUCAUUUGUUCCAAAGGGGGCGACUUGAUUUGUUGCGAGACUUGCCCCACGAGUGUGCAUAGAGAGUGUCUCCCGGGGGAUUUGGACGAAGUUGAGACGUUUUUCUGCGAGGAUUGUCAAUCGGGCCGGUUGCCCCUCUACGAUGAGAUUGUUUGGGUGAAAUUGGGGUCGUUUAGGUGGUGGCCUGCGGUGAUUUUAUUCCCAAAUGAGGUUCCAGAUAACGUGAAAAAUAUCCCACAUAGUAAGGGGGAAUUCGUCGUGAAGUUUUACGGAACUUAUGAUCAUUAUUGGGUGGGGAGGGGGAGGACGUUCCUGUUUCAGGAAGGGGAUAGGGGGCAUUCGGGAUCGGUGAAAAAACGAGUCGAUAAUGCGUUUCUUAAGGCAAUCGGAGAGGCUGCGGCGGCACACGAGUUGAAAAAACAGUUUAAAGCGAGGAAAUUUGAGGAGAAGAAUAGUGGGAUGAAACCGCCCCCAUAUAUCAGGAUUAAGGUCAACAAACCCGUGGGAAAUGUGAGGUUGUUUGAUGGAAAUACGAGCAAUACGACCUCUUGUGAUUGUGAUCCGAACCAUCCACAUCCCUGUGGCCCGGAUAGCGACUGUUUAAAUAGGUUGCUUUUGACCGAGUGCAACCCUGACGUGUGUCCGGCCGGCGAGCGCUGCAACAACCAAUGUUUCGAGAAGCGCGAGUACCCCCCAUUGGUGCCCCACCGUACGCUUUUCCGCGGUUGGGGUCUCAAAACGCUCGCCCCCAUCCGAAAAGGUCAAUUCGUGAUUGAAUACGUUGGGGAAAUGAUCGACGAACAGGAGUACCAACGUCGCGUCCAAAAAAUGCACGAACAAAAAGAAGAAAACUACUAUUUCCUCACGAUUGACAAGGACAGAAUGUUGGAUGCUGGUCCGAAAGGCAACGUUGCCAGAUUUAUGAACCAUUCGUGUGACCCCAACUGUGAAACGCAGAAAUGGACGGUAAAUGGUGACACCCGUGUUGGAUUGUUUGCAAAAUGUGACAUUCCGGCCGGUACUGAACUCACUUUUAAUUAUAAUUUAGAGUGUAUUGGAAAAGAGAAGAAGAUCUGUCAUUGUGGGGCUCCCAAUUGUAGUGGCUACAUCGGGGUUAAAGUGAAAACGGAUAAUCCUCCGAGGAAAUCCACCAAACCCAAAAAGAAGAAAACACCACCGCCUGAAAUUGUCGAUAAUGACAAUCCCUGUUUUAUCUGCGGCAAACAGGGCGACGUUGCCGCUUGCAAUAACAAAAUCUGUACAAAGUAUUAUCAUUUAGCGUGUGUGGGCCUGGAGGCGUGGCCUGAGGGCGGGAAGUGGGUGUGUCAAUGGCACAAUUGUAACAUUUGUACCAAACGCACCAUCCGUUGUUGUGUCAAAUGUAUUAACUCGUAUUGUCCGUCUCACUCUGACGGUAACGUCCGCUACGACAAACUCCUAGGGUUCAUUUGUAGCGACCAUGACCCGUCGAAGGAAUCAAACGCGAUUGUGCCGAGUGACGUGCCUGCACCCGAUUCGUGUGUGACCGACGAGGGCGUGGUCACGUCAACAACUCCCGAUUUGCGUAUGAACGGCAUUACUUCCACACCAGUGAAGAAAAAUGACAGUUCGCACGACGAAAGUGUGGUGAGUUCGUCCGAAAAGAAACGGAAGAAGAAAGUUAAAAACACUGCCAAUUUUUUACACGAAAACGAAGUCAAAUUGAGUCAUUUCACUCCUGAGAAGUAUUUGAGGACGAGGAGUAGGAUUAAUGACCCUGAAAGGGACCUCCCGAUCCGAAAACGUACCAGACUUAGAUGUGGGAAUUCCUUGUAAAUUCUGAUAGAAAUUUGGGGUUUAAUCGCAUGCUUAAAUGGAUAAGGUUCUAUUUAUUCAGUGUUUCAUAAGGCGAUUAAUAAAUUUUUUAAUAUAAUAUAAUAUUGU